AUGGAGGAGAACGACAUUGAUCAAGUCAUCACACACGGGCUUUUGAACAUCUCGUUCGACUACAGUAAUGUCAGAGAAAUCCUUUCUGAGCUCAACAAACGAAUUGAACAUCUAAGAAAUGAUAGCCAGAGAGCAAAAGAAAUAAAAGAGUUUAAUGAUGCCAUCGUUGACAUGAAAGCACAAUUAGUUAGCUGCAAUGGACGAAUUGGUGAAGUCGAACGCAAUGUUAAUUUCAUUCAGGCUACAAAUCAAAGAACUUUAAAUCAAAUGACCGACAAAUUCAAUAACUUAUAUGAAUUAACACAAACAAACAUCGAUAAAAAGCAAGUAGAACUCAUUACGGCUGCUCAACAGCAAAUCGACACAGGUCUUAUCAAUGGAAUUACAAAAAUGAGAAAAAAAUUUACAGAUAGCUUUAGUACAAUCGACAUGCACAACGAGCUAGCAUAUAAACUAGAUCAAUUAAGUGAUAAAUUCGAGAAAAUGUCCACUGUUUCCACUGAUGGUUCCUUUGAUGAAUCAAAAUUGCAGACAAUUCUUGAAAGAUUAGGGGUUUUGGAAACUAAUAUGGAUGCUGCUCAACAAACAAUAUCAGAAAAUAGCGAUAAUGUUCUGAAUAUGAAAUCUCAAAUGGAUUCUUUACAAACUACAACAGAUGAAGUACAAGAAAUAGUAAUUAGCUCCAGGUCAGCCGAAACAUUAACACCAGCUAUCGAUAAUGAAGCUCUAAAGUCACAAAUGCAAGGAUUUGAAGAUAGAAUCGCGGAAUUACAGAAAGAAAUAGAAAACGUACGAAAUACAGAUUGCGCAAAAUUACAACAAGACUUUACCUCGAUGCAAGAAGGCCUUGCCGAUACUCUAAACGAUAUUUUUGCAAAAAUUGAAAUUGCAAUGAACAAUUCUGCCGGAAGAAUCUCAGCUAUCGAGCGAUCUUACUCAAAAAACCACAUAGAGACUUCAAAUCAGUCCACAGGAAGCCAAACAGACGCAGUUUUGCAUAUUAAUACGAUUACAACUCCAAUUGUUUCCUCCAGAUCCUCAAUGUCAUCAGCCUCAGUCACAACACCAACUCCUGGCUCCAAUACAGCCUCUCCUCAUCGACCAGCCGCUGUAAUUAACACAAAUCCCGAAAAUGAGGAGUCCGAAAUCAGUCCAAAGCCCGACAACGAUGUUUCCGAGCGUCUAGAGAACAAUCGCUCCCUAUCAAUGCUACUUCCAGACGAUGUUGAACCCUCGCAAAUCAUUGAUGACGACAAAACUCCUUUUGUUCCAGGCCUUUUAGGUCUUGACAAAGUGCAGCGCCAGUCUUUCUCCAUGGACAAUGAAAAAGAAAGCUCCAACAGGAAUUACGACCGUUCAACAAGCGAAGAAUCGUUUACAACAAACGAUGGAACAAGAAGAAGGCGAAGAUUAUCGAGAACUAUGUCUUCAGCCGGAAUCAUUGACCAAUCAAUGGAUCCUACACAAAGUAGAGGCAACUUGAAGCCAAUUAUUGUUGAAGGUGGUGCAAGGGAACUGUCGGAGAAACUCCAAGAUUUAGUUGUCAGAGUUGAAGAAAUUGAGCACCAACUUUCUAAGACGAGAAGAAGCGAAAGGAAUUUGGAGAACUUGAAUGGCAGUCAGUCAUCAUUUGAUGGCAUCAAUAGUGAUGCUAUCCAGGCAAUUAAUAAAAGGAUUGACCAUUGUUGCAGCCGAGAAACAGUUGACAAAGUUUUGCAGAUUGUUAAAAACGCCGUUUCUAAGUUAGGAACUAGAGUUGAGAAUAUCGAGAAAGAUAAUUCAUCAUGUAUCCACAAAGAUGAGUUUGUUAAGUACUUGAAUGCAGUUCAAGCAGCUACAGAAGGAGAUAACACAACAGCUGCGGCAACUAGAGGUUACAAAUGUCUUCUUUGUGGUCGAGAAAAAGGCGGAGUUGUCGGAAUGAUCACAGAUUCAGAAAUUGCACGGUUGAUGGGAGAACCACAAUCAUGUGCUCCUGUCAGAGCUGGAGAUACAGUUAUAUUGAACUACGGAAGUGGUCCUGUUCGUCCUAAGUCAGCAAUCAAUGCAACAAAGAAAUCCACUUCAAAGAAUGCAACAAAACUUCCAAAGAUUGAAGACAAAGUAUAA